UUUAUACUGAGCAGUAUUUAAUAAAGAGUUUGUUGCUGAUAAUUUAAAAAAUUUUCUUAAUUUUUUUUAAGAAUUUAAUAAAAAUGGUUAAAAUUCUCUUCUUAAUCCUAAACUUAAUUCUGCUGCUUGAUUCAUCAUCAUCGAUCGCCCUUGACUGACGCUACAACAACUUUAACUACUAUGACGUGUUAGGCAACGUUUAUCAAUGUGAAGUUGCAAGCAAUCUAGAGAAGAUGUCUCGUGAAGAAUUAAUCAUUGAAUCAGCCAAAGGAAAUUAUGUUAGGGGAAAGACAAAUGAUGACGUAAUAGCAAUCAAUGCAUAUAAUAAAGGUUUAGAAUUCUUACCGCAAGGGUUGGACAAAGUUUUUAUAAAUUUGCGCGCAAUUUACAUUCAUUUGAGUAAAAUUCGGGAAGUUCGUCAAGCUGACUUAAAGCCACUGCCAAAUUUAAUUUAUUUUGACAUUCGCGAAAGUGAAAUUCGGUUUUUUGAAGACGGAACUUUUGACUUUAAUCCAAAUUUGGAGGUGAUAAGAUUGACUGGGAAUAAAAUCUUUCAUUUCGACGCAAACGUUUUUAAAAAUUUGAAUAAAAUUUCUUAUCUCGGCUUGACGUCGAAUUUGUGUAUGAAUGAUGAAGUUAAUGGAAGUGAAGUUGAGAUUAAGGCACUCAUUGAUGCUGUCAAGGUUAAAUGCUUUGAUAAUGAAUUUUUUGAGUUCAGACAAAAUUUAAAAAAAUUGGAAAUUGAGCUCGGGAAUUUAGAAUUGCAAAAUUUUAAAAAUUGGACAAAAAAGUUUGAAAAUUUGGAAAAUUAUUUCAAAACUUCCAAAGUUUCAACUUUGAGUCAAUUUAAGGAUAAAUUUAAUGAUUUAAAUAAAAAGCUGCCAAAUUUGUCGAUUGAAUUUUUAAGUCAACCUCAAAAAUAACCUCAAAAAUUCUCAAAUCCAGUCAUCUACGUUAAUUGAUCAGAAAUUGAGUCAAAUUAGUCAAAAAUUUGAAGUCCAACAGCAAGAAAUUAAGUCACAAAUUCAAUCAAUCGAAAGAAAAAUUGACGAAAAGUUGACAAAACUUGAAGAAAAAUUUACAAAAAUUAUUGAAGGUCUUGAUGCUUUAAUAUAAUUGUAACUUAAAAUAACCCUAAGCGUCAGACUUUUGUAAUUUUUUAAUCAUAAUAAAUCAGUGACGGCCAACCCGUGUGCCGCGGCACACUAGCAUUCAUUGAAAAUUUGAGAAAUCUCACGAGCCGUAUGAUUUAAACGGCUUUGGUCAUGAUGCCAAAUGUGCCAUGGCACAAAAACGGUUGGACACCACUGGAAUAAACAUAUAACAAAGGGGAAAACAACAUGAUGGGCAAAAAGUAUAGUUGGUAAUUUUCUCACCACCAUCUUCUUCAAAAUUUUUGUAAAAUAAAAAUCUCCCACUGUUAAAACUUUUAUGGAUCUUUUUUUCCAUCAUGUUGUUAUCCCCCUCGUAAUGAAAAACAAUCAUUUUUAUUUUUUGUUGCCUUAUUUGUUGCGAAGCUAAGAUUGGAGUCAAUCAAUGAGUCAUAAACUGUACAAUAGUAACUCAAUAAAAAGAAAACAAAUUUUUUGAAUUUAUUUAAAUUUCUUUUUUUUUUUGGUCAUUCAAGUUAAAGCUGUUUAGUAAGCAGGACGGAAUAUUUUUUAACAACUUUUUAACCCAACUAUGUCUAAAAGUUUUCUCCUAAUCUUAAACUCAAUUUUCCUAUUAAACUCAUCAUCAUCAAUUGUCCUCGACUGCAGCUUUAACAGCAAUACUGCUUAUGCAGUUCUAGGAAAGGUUUAUCAAUGUAAUGUCCAAAACAGUCUCAGCGUCAACUCCCGAGAUGAUUUAGUCAUUGAAUCAGGAAAUGGAGCUCAUGCUAGUCUAAAGACAAAUGAUGACGUCAUUUCAUUCCAAGCAUAUAACAAAGGUGCCCAAUUUUUUCCCAGAGGACUAGACAAAGUCUUUAAAAAUUUACGGUCAAUUUACAUUUAUUUGAGUAAAAUUCAGGAAGUUAAACAAAUUGAUUUGAAGUCACUGCCAAAUUUGAUUUAUUUUGAUAUUCGCGAAAGUGAAAUUCGGUAUUUUGAGGAUGGAAUUUUUGACUUUAAUCCUAACUUGGAGGUGAUUUGGCUGACUGGGAAUAAAAUCUUUCAUUUCGACACAAAUGUCUUUAAAAAUUUAAAUAAAAUUUCUUAUCUCGGUUUAACCUCGAAUGUGUGCAUGAAUACUGAAGUUGGUGGGAAUUUGGUCGAGGCUAAGGCACUCAUUGACUCUGUCAAGGUUAAGUGCUUUGAUAGUGAAUUUUAUGAGUUUAAAGAGAAUUUGAAAAAAUUAGAAAUUGAAGAAGAAAAUUUAAAAUUAGAAAAUUUGAAAAAUUGGUCGGAAAAAUUUGAAAAUUUGGAAAAUUACUUCAAAAACUCGAGAUUCUCAAAUUUGAAUUAUUUUAAACAUAAAUUUGAGCAUUUAAAGCGAAAAUUGCCAACUUUAUUAAUAAUUUUUCUGAGUCAACUUGAACAUAACCUCCAAAAUUCUCAAAGCUGCUCGGCAGUCGAUGAAAAAUUGUCAAGCAUGCCUCAAAAUUUCGCACAACUAGCUCACAACUUAGUGAAUAUUGACGAAAAACUUACUAAAUUGACAUUUAAUUUUGACAAUUUUAAAGAUCAAGUUGAAGAUGUCAAAAAUAUUCCAGCGAUUAUGUCCAAAAGACUCCACAAAUUUGAAAUAGACCAAAAAGCUAUAAAGUCAAAAAUUUAUUCAAUUGAUGAAAAAAUAAACAAAAUUAUUGAAAUUCUUCAAGUUGAGACCUAAUCGACUCCAGAAAUUGUGAAU